GGUGUGAACGUAUCUCGUGAUUUCCCUCCACGUGCGCUUCGCAGAGCUACGUGUCAUCGUACAGUCCCACGUUGAAGCAGAGAUAUCCGUGGCAUACACAUCAAACACAUCUCUCUACAAGCACGAUAGAAGGCGAGCAGGGCACAUCCGCCUGUCGCGCAGCUGCCGUGACGGACGCACACGCAGCGGCAAAAAGGGAAAACUAUUUUAUAUUGAAACGGAACCAGCAAGAGGAGAAGCGGCGAGCAAGCCGGUGAUGACGGCGAGAUCAGCGACAACAGACGUGAACGAGCAUCACACGCUACAGGAUAGACCUUUUUAUUCUUCUGUUUUGAAGUUUUCGCCUUCCGUAGACGCUGCGACAGCUCUCCCUCUAUCUCUACCUCUAUCACUGCUAGUUUGUGUACUGUGAACCUUGAACUGUUGACAAACUACAUUGGACCCCCCCCCUUUUUUUUUCAGCGUCGCUCCUCCAUGAAUGCAAACCCGAACGUGGAGAGGCUGCUUCCUUCUCUGUACGCAUUCCUCUCGGCGGACCCCGCACCGUCUCGCCUCGUCGGUGCGUCGCCCACCUCGCCCUCUCAAACGCCGACUUCACCCUCCGCGACGGGCCCCAGCGACGCUUUUGCCCAUGCGCAGUGCAUUGUGGACAGCUACGAACGGUGGCGUCGCUGCAUUGCCGUAUGGCGGCGUGUCAUCGGGAAUGACGCGCUCUUCUUGACGUUGCUCCUCCAUGCGGGUUGUCUGUGGAGUCCAGACUACGCCGCGCUGCACGCGCUCGCAAAGACGCGUUCACACGCGCACGGGCGCACGCGUGCCGUCGCCGCGGCCGCUGCCACUGCUCCGCCUUUCGACAGCGGCAGCACGGCUAAGCGCAGAGGGAAGCGCGGAGGUCCACCCACCGCUGAGGCGGUGGCACAGGCGGCACAGGCGGCGCAGGCGGCGCAAGCCGCGGACCAUCAGCGGAUGGCAGACGCCUGCCCGGCCAGUAUGUGGGCUCUUCACGUGCUGCACUUCCUGUGUGUUGAGGAAAUCUACGCCGUCCCGUCGCUACUGCGUGCGGGCGAGCGCAGUGGCCUCGCGACGGUCGUGAAGAGCGGCACGAGUGAGGACGAGGAGGCGUCCGACGCGGCAACCAGCAGCGAUGCGGCCACCGACAGCGUUUCCGCAAGUAGCGGCAGCAGUGUAGGCGAGAAUGAGGAUGAGGAUGGCGAUGUUGAUGUGACGGACGGCGCCUCGCUCAGUAAAACACGCGGCGGUGGCGGUGGGGAAGAGAUGGCACGUGCCUCGAAGCGGCGGCGCUCGCACACGCACAGCAAACGUGCCACCGUCGAUCGCCACCUACAGAAAGGGAGACCCUCCCACAAUCGGAAACGCAUCGAAUUUGAAGAUGCGGCGCGGUCUGCCCUCAGUCCUGCCUCACCCGCCUCGUCAUCCUUUCCUCCUUCUUACUCCUCGGCGUAUUCGUCCUCACGGCAGCUCGCUGCGUCAUCCUCCCUCUUGCCGAAGACCAACUUCAAGCACCGCAGCAGCAAGAAGGAGCUGCAACACCACCUGGACAUUUCGCUCGCGGUCCUCCGUCAAGAGCACGCGGAGCGUGAAGGACGGCGACGUGGGGUGCGCAAUGAGAUCAAACCACUUCGCCGCUUUGACGACUGGGAUGAUUUGAAGGACGUGGAGAAGGCGAAGAACGCUGCAACCACCCCAGCAGACCCGGCAGCGGAAGCGAUGUCGCCCUCCGUCCGCGCCGACGCACUGCUGCUCCGCGCCACCGUCAGCCUCGUGAGUGAGGAGGAGCCGCUGGUGCAGCAGGUAGCGGCGGCGCUGAUGGAAGACUGGUUGGACCUCCUGACACCCUCCCCUUCCUUCUCUUCCAGCGCAGCGGCAUCGACCGGGACAGCCGUCAAGGAAGAGGAUGCAGGCCGAAGGACGCCGGUGGACGCCGCUGCGGUGGCGCACGGAACAGUGCAGCGGCCUACGCAGUCGCACGACGGUAGCGCUCAGCAACAGGAGACGAGCAUGGGGUGCGGUGUUCCGUGUAGCAACCGCGCAAACCUGAGCGGCUCUCGCAGCUUUCCACGUACGCGCCACCCCGCUGAUGUCAGCAGCCCGAACAGCGAGAUCAACGCGGAUGCCGCUGCCCUUCUACUACAGCAGGAGCAACAGCAGCGCGAGGCGCGUCACUACUGGCUGUCGUGUCUCAUGAAACUGGUCGCCUUCCUUGACGGGAUGCACUCCGCCCUGCGCGAGGAGAACCCGCACGUGGCAGCGGUGAUGGCACGCCAGGGCAUCGCCCCCCACGAGGCGGAGGAUAUCUUCACCAAGUCCCUCCCCGCCAUCUUCAACUGCGUCCUCGUGGAAGAGGUGCUGCAGACCUCCUACGCACACCCGUCGUUGUCGGCGCCGUACGCCGCGCCGCGGCUGUGGAUGCCGCCGCCGGUGUUGUUGCUGCCGUUUCAUGUUCUUGCGCGUGGAUCGCGGAUCGGCGUCUGGGUGCCGACCGCAGGGACGCCGACGGAGGUCGACGGGACGGUGGCAGCGGCGGUGCCGUCUGCUGCAUCGUCCUCUCGCACGUCGGGUCGGUUCGUGAUGUACGUUGUGGACUCCUACGGUCCGCACCUCCGCACGUCCUCGGGAACCGCGGGGGAAGGCGGCGUUGGGGUGGAAAAGAUGGCGGAAUCGGGCGGCGCGUCGUUGUCAGCAGGGCGAUCACGCAGGCAACACGAAGUGGACGCAAAGAACACGGUGGAGGGCGGCGAAGGUGCAAUGGGUUGCACCAACUCCCGCCUCGUCUUCGGCCUUCGCGCCGCGGAGCCGGAGGUGCUGCUCGAACAACGCUGUCGUCCGUGGGUGAACGCACUGCUGCCGCUGCUGCGCUCGUCAGCUUCCUCAACGGCGAAGUCAACGGCAGAUCAACGCGAGGACGCAGACAGCGAUCCGCAAACGCCACUGCGCCUGUGGGGCUGCACGCAGGCGUCCACCGCCGGAUGCCCCCGCGUUGACCUCUACGUGGCUCGCACACUCGUUAUGCUGCCGAUUCCAGCGCAAAGCGCGUCCGACAGCACUUCCAACUCCACGGGCACCGCGCAGGCAACGAACGGCGGCGGCAAUACCGCAGCACCUACACGAGCCGACAACAGCGACAAAAACAACGCGAUGGCGCAGCAGCCGCGUCGUGGCGGUGGGCGUUGGCGCCACAAGCAGGUCACGCUGAGCCCGGAAGAAGCUGCCGUGCGUCGUCGCCACCCGCAGCUCUGCAGCGCGCUUCAGCAGCAUCUCCGCCGCCGCAGUAGCAGCUCCAACGCACCGGUGUUCACGCCAUUCGGGACUCGAUCGGGGUCCGGUGGGGCGAGUAUCAGCAGCGAUCCGGCGCAGCUCAUUUUGCUGUACGGUCUCGCACGCGGGGAAGAGGCGACGGCGCUGCGUCACAUGGGUUUCUCCGUGCGCACGGGCAGCCAUCACGGGCUCGGUAGGGGUGGCGGGCCAGCCGGUGGGAUGGUCGGCGCCGAUGCUGCUGUCGGUGCCUCCUCAUCCCACCUGGAGGACUCGUCGGCGAGCAACGGCAGCAGCUCGAAGGGCAGCAGCGGUCGACUCACGUUAGCCCGCGAUGCCCUCGGCACAACGCUGGAGGGUUUGUACCUCGUCGCCCGCCGCGUCAUGUCGCUGAAGGGCCUUUACGCCACCGCCGGCGUCGCAGCCGCUAGUGGCCGAGGAAAGGGCGCACUGCGCUACACCGGCGAGGCGGCCGUCAGCGCGGUGUUCGGUUCUGAUCUGGCGCGGAUUAGCUUCCCGGGGGACAGCGCCGGAGGGGGUGUUGUGAAGGGGGGCGAGGGCAGUCGGCGCUACGGUGGGAAAGGCUCCGCGGCGAGUGGGGACGUCGGCGGAGAGGCAAGCAUCGCGUUCGAUGCUGUGGCGGCUGCCGCCAUAACGGGCAAAGGCGGCGGUCGCGAAGGUGAAGGUACACGCACCGGGGCUGUUCUCAGUCCUUCGCAGGAGAGCGAGGUGCUUGGCACUGCUGCCGCCACCCUCGUCUUAACGGCGCUCUUCUUGAGUCACAACCUAAUGGAUGAGCUGCUCGAGCAGCCAACGCUAGUUCUGUGGACGACGGAGCUCGCUUCGUACGUGGUGGACGUGUCUCUGCUGCUGUCGCGGCCCAUUCCGCGGCUGCUGAAGGCCGAUGGCUUCGCCCUCGCCCUGCUGCUUCAGCCGGCGCAGUCGCUGCUGCUGAUGGUCGGGCUCGUCUCCACGCUCGUGGCACGGGAAGCGGCGCACGCCGAGAUGGGCAGCGGCACACUUCCAUGCCCCUCCUCCUCGUCUUCGUUGCCUUCGCGUGCACCGGUGUGGCACCCGUGGUGGACACUCUUCCGCAGCACCGUCCUGCGUGACACCACGUUGCCGAGUUGCAUGUACGGUGGCGUGUGGGCGCUGGUGGCGAAGGCCGAGGAGGCGGUGGCGCUGGCGGCCGCCCAGGCGCGGUGGGCAGCGAGCGGGCACGUGCAGGCGUCAGCGGCGGGGAGUCGGCGCAGGAACACCGAGAACACGAAGGCAGAGCUCGAAGGAGGAGGAGCAGCGAAGGGCAACGAGCGUGCGUCCGCUGAGGCGAUGUCUGCCUCAGCCGGUGGUCGCAGCAGCAGCAGCGCUGGUAGUAAGAACAGUAGCGGACGUCGUGGCGCUUGGGCAAGUGGGCGGCGUCUUUUGCGCUUAUCUGGGCCCAUCGCGUUGAGCGGCACCGCAGCCACCUCUCCGUCGUCCUCCUCCUCCACCGCUGGUAACGCAACCGAGGGUUUUAUGCGUCAAGAGGAAGGCGGCGCGGCAGUCACCACCGCAACAUCAUCGCUACCACCAUCGUCAACUGCUGCUGCUGCCCCUGCGCCGUCACGCCAUCGCCUGCGCCUUCUCCCUCACCCUUCAACUUCGGCGGCUGCGGCGCCCCAUUACGGUGCGUCGCCGUCCGCCGUCCAGCCGGCCGCUCCUCCGCUGUGCUUGUGUGGGCCGGCCGUGCUGGAUCAAUCGCCCUUCUCCCCCGACGCAGCGGGUGGAAGCCAGCCCUCCUCGUUGGUGCGGGUGGGGCAGCUGCGGGUUGUGACCGGGGCCGAGCUCUCGUUUCUCAUGGAAAAGAGGAGCCCGUGGACGGCGCAGCUGGAUGGAACUUCGCGCUUCGUACUGAGCCGCGGACAACACGAACCGUCUGCGCGUUGGCCUUCGGCGCCGCAUGCAGAGCGGGAUGCGCAGAGUAGCGCGGCUGCGUCUGCGCUAUGGCUGUCCCUUGAGGCAACGUGUUUGCAGUGGCCCUCACCCGCGACGGAGCAGUAG